AUCAACUGAGUUUCCUUCUUGGCGUGCUAUGGCGGACGAUGGUCCUGUUGUGUUUCUCGGUGCUCAGUCCGCUGAUGGGAGCAUUUAAGUAUUUUUCCUACGCAUUGCAUUCGUGAACAUUGCGUUUGUUUCGAAUCCAGGACAGCGAUGUUUAAAAAAGCAAAGAGGGUUAAUUUCAGGCGGAGGAAUAAAUCGGACGACGACGAAAAGGAGGACAUCCAGCUACCGCAGCCAUGCGGCCCUGCAGCGGAGGAUCCCAGCGCUCGCGUACAAGAAGGCUUCAAUCCGGAGCCUUUCGCGGUUGUUAACUUUGACGUGCAUCACGGAAAUGGACUCCAGACUAACGCUGUAAAGGCAGUUAAGGAUAAGGAGAAAAAGAAGAACAAGGAUAGCCGUGAAGCCCCUAAAGCCAGUCUACUGAGCUUUCAAGAUGAUGAAGAUGACACAGAGGUCUUUAGAGUGAAGAAACCUAACCACAGCAAGAAGAUUGUCAAACAGCUGAAGAAAGAAUACAAGGAAGAUUUGGAGAAGACUGGUGAUGUCAAACAGGAUUCUAGCACUGGCAAUGAUGAGGUGGCAGGGUUGUUGCCGGUGGGCAUUAAGGAGGAGCCGCGGACUGAGAGCAGCCGGGCCAGCAGUGAGCAGGGCGAGGAGGAGAUGGAAGUGGACAGCACCGAGGACCAGGAGGAGGACAGCGAGACCAGGAGCACCCCGGGAGGAGCUUUUUCCAACACUCUGUCCUCUCUCAGCACACUCAGACCCGGUGAGAUCCCAGAUGCAGCCUUCAUUCACGCAGCCCGCAAGCGACGGCAGCUGGCCAGAGAGCAGGGCGGGGACGUGCCCCCCCCGGAGACGGAGGGGCCGAAGAAGCGCCUGGUCCGAGAGGACGAGCAUGACGGAAGCGACGACGAAGACGAGGAUGAGAAGAGAAUAAUCUUCAGCGGCGUCAGGCAGAAGACCCAGCGGCAGAAGAUAGCAGAGGAGAUAGGCAUCGAGGGCAGCGACGACGAGGCUCUGGAUGCCACUGGCCAGGAUGAGGAGCUGAGCCGAUGGGAGCAGGAGCAGAUCAGGAAGGGCAUUAGCAUCCCACAAGUCAUGACCAGCCAGCCAGAAGAAAUGAAUAUGUAUUACCCAAGCACCUAUGAGAGUCAGCCAUAUGGGUCAUCCUACGGCCUCACAUAUUCCUACAGCUCAGUGGGAGCGGACGACCCCAAGCCUAUCAAAUCCGAAAGCUCAGUAACCUAUACCGCCCCUAGUAGUGAACUGACUCCUAUCACUACUGAUUUGGUAAAGAAACGGCUUCAAGACAGGCUCAGCUCCAUGCGCCAGGGGCUCAAUAGCAAUACUAAGCGCUACAAGCAGAUAGAGGAGGAGCUGGAGGCCUCAGUCAACACCAUUCAGCGCCUAGAGGGCUCCUCCGACACGGUCGCAGACCAGUAUAAAUUCUUGCAAGAAAUGCGAGGGUAUGUUCGAGACUUGCUUGAGUGUUUCAGUGAAAAGGUGCCGACGGUGCUGGAGUUGGAGGCUGCAAUGCAUCAGUUACUAAGGCAACGGGCGUCCCGGCUCGUCCAGAGAAGACAGGAUGAUAUUAAAGAUGAAUCAUCGGAAUUUUCAAGCCUUUCAAGUAAGGCCUUAAUGGCCCCCAAUCUAGACUCGUUCGGCCGAGACCGCAGCGCGUAUCAGGAACACGCUAAACAGAGGAGAAUCGCGGAGAGGGAGGCCAGACGAACUCGCCGUAGACAAGCUAGAGAGCAGAACGGCAAGAGGGCGGAGCACCGCGAGGGACUGUCCAGUGACGAUGAGGAGACCUCCACUGACGUCACCAGCUUCAACCUGGAGAGAGAUCGCAUUUUGAAGGAGUCUAAGAAGGUGUUUGAGGACGUGCUGGAGGAUUUCCACUCCCUGGACAGCAUUAAGGCCCGCUUCGAGGUGUGGAGGAAGCUGUACUUCACCUGCUACCGAGAUGCCUACAUCGGGCUGUGUCUGCCUAAACUCUUCAACCCCCUCGUCCGACUACAGCUGAUCCCCUGGCUGCCCCUGGAGGCGGACUGUCCCAACUUUGAGUACAUGCUGUGGUUUGAGUCUCUGCUGUUCUAUGGCUGUGAAGAGCAGUCCAACAUGCAAAAGGGGGAUGUUGAUGUCAACCUUCUUCCUGCCAUUGUGGAGAGGGUCAUCCUUCCCAAACUCGCACUUCUGGCUGACCAGGUGUGGGACCCCCUGUCCAGCAGCCAGACUGCCUGCCUGGUGGCCUUCAUGCAUAAGCUGAUCAAAGGGUACCCCACAGUACUGCACGGAGACAACAGAAAUACACAGGAGCUGCUGAAGACCAUCGUCUUACGGACACGGCGAACACUGGACAACGACAUAUUCAUGCCGCUGUACCCGAAAAAUGUGUUGGAGAACAAGAACUCUGGUCCAUACCUGUUCUUUCAGAGGCAGUUCUGGUCCUGUGUGAAGCUCCUGGGUAACAUCCUGCAGUGGCACGGCAUCCUGUCCAACUCCACCCUGCGAGAGCUGGCGGUGGACAGCACCCUGAACCGCUACAUCCUGUCCGCCCUGCAGAGCACCGAGCCCGGGGAAGACGGCGUCGAGAAGAGCCAGAGCGUGGUGGAGUGCUUCCCGCCGCAGUGGUUCAGUGGGCUGAAAGGCCAGCAGACACUCCCACAGCUAGAAAACUUCUGCAGGUACCUCAAGCACUUGGCCAGCACCAUUUAUCGGGUCAGCAUGGGCGGUUCCGACGUGGACCGGAGGAACGCAAGGGAACACAUCAAGGCGGUGGUGAAGCUGCUGGGCCGCAUCAACGCCCUGGAUCACGUGGUCGCCGUGGCAACCGAGCAUGGCAUCAAGGACAUUAAAACGUUACUAGAGAGCAAAUGAGAAGGCGUGAGGACUAUAACGGACUUGAGCGUGUGCGUAUGUGUGUGUGAGAGUCCUCCGGGCGUGUAUAUAUUGUGAAUACUGUAGAUGUUUAAAAAAAAAAAAAAAAAAAAAAAAAAAAAGAGAAAGCAUUGGGAUCACUUUCCACUAUCUUCAGCGCAGACGACUGAAAAGGACAACUUCGAUUUCACCGUACGACUGAAAAUGAGCCGCCGGCAAGGCUUUCCCGCCGAAAUCAUCUUGACGGCUGUGCAGCCCAAUGAGGAGACGAGGGAUCCUGCCAGAGCCGGAGCCAGCGUUGGGCACUAACCAUUCCAGAGCUUAUCUUUCACUGCAGGUCAACAGGUUUUUAUCAGUUUGUUGAGUUUGGACAACUCCAUGGCCUGAUGGUCAAUAUCAAACAAAAAAAAAUAUUGACAUUCUAGAGUAAACCACCGUGGGCCCGGCCACGUGAUUCCGAGGAAAGUACUGUACGCCCAAAGGAGUCCCAAACCCUAGUACACGCGCCACGAUUUUGUGCGUCGCAAGCAAGAGGUCCGGGAGGGAGGGAGGCCGACAUGCCUUCGAACAGUUUUAAUCGGGACUGGCCUGAUGCCACUUCACACACACACACCACACCUUCUGAGGGCUGUGUGAAGUGCUAAACGUCAUUGGGGACUUCCCCUGGCUUUUGACCGCGCUCCUGCGGUUGGGUCGGGUGAAACCGCACGCGCUCUUCCACAGCCGUCUGGUGUGCGCUCUCCGCUUCACGCUGCAUGCUUUCUGCCUUCGUGUCUUCCACCGCGCUCCUGCUGUUCCUUUUUUUGUGGUUCUGUAGGACCCGUCUCGCAGGAAACGAAAGCUUCUUGUUGACGCAUUCAAGUGAUCACUUUUUUUUUUUCAGUUGACAGGCAACCCAUGGCUUCUGAAACCUCACGCUGAUUGUGGUUCGGCUGUGAAAAGAUUUCUUGAGUGCUUGACUCGCGUAGCACAGGUGCACGCAAGAGCAAUUUCUGUGGCUUGUAACAAUCUGCCGUUCCUCAGUGUGUUAAGGUGUUCAAACCAAUGAUUUUUGCAUCCUGGACCAAAACUAAUCUGAACUAAAAGCAAGCAUGUAUCAUCUUCAAAAAGCUAAAGGGGGCUGCAAUUGUGAUGAAUGUACUAGGCUUUAGGUAGAUGGGAAAUGUUCUAACAAAUGUGUGCGAUACAUCCGUGAUCUCAUUUGGGUCAUACAACUAGCCUCAAAGUUUUAAAA